CCGCGUUUGUGGUCCGUGCCCAGGCCGCCUUAUGUGGCUGAGGGGCUGGUUUUGGAGGCACUGUGGCUUUAAUACCAGACGACCCAAGCGUGCGUCGUAUGCUGUCCUUUCUAGACAUUUUUUGAUUGCCAUCCUCCGACGACAACGAAACAACAAUUUCCCGAGAAUAAUAUUGGGAACACAACUUCGCACACCGAUGAUAUCUCGCUGCCAGAAGAGACAUUAGUCGCGUUAUCGACAGAAACGACAUUGGAAGCUGCGAUACCUGCCGCUGGGCGCAAGGAUGCGUCUCUCCUCGAUGCCGCUUGGGGGGCUAAGGGGCACAGGUCUAUCGAUAUGCGCGAUUCUAUCAAUGCUGUCGCUGCCCUCAACAGCAGUGGCAGAAAAGUCAGCUGGGGAUUACUUUGUUCAUUCGUUGCCUGGGGCGCCAGAGGGCCCCUUGUUGAAGAUGCACGCUGGCUUUGUUGAAGUCGACCCCGAACACAAUGGCAAUCUAUUCUUUUGGCAUUACCAAAACCGACACAUUGCGAAUAGGCAACGGACGGUGAUCUGGCUCAAUGGUGGCCCCGGGUGCAGUUCUGAGGACGGUGCUUUGAUGGAAAUUGGCCCUUACAGACUGAAGGACGAUAAGACCCUCGAAUACAAUGAAGGAUCUUGGGAUGAGUUUGCAAAUAUUAUGUUUGUCGAUAACCCAGUGGGCACAGGGUUCAGUUACGCCGAUACGGACAGUUACGUCCAGAGCUUGCAGGAAAUGGCAGAUCAGUUUAUUAUCUUUCUGGAGAAGUGGUACAAGCUGUUUCCAGAGUAUGAGCACGACGAUCUAUAUAUCGCUGGCGAGUCAUACGCCGGUCAGCACAUCCCAUACAUUGCCAAAGCUAUCAUGGACCGCAACAAGAAGUCUCCGGUUCACAAAUGGAUCCUCAAAGGAUUGCUCAUCGGAAAUGGCUGGAUCUCGCCCAUCGACCAAUACCCGGCAUACUUGUCCUAUGCAUACAAAUCCGGCCUCAUAACCGGAGGCACUGAGAUUGCCAAACAAGUCGAGGCUCAGCAGAAAACCUGUAUUGAGGCCCUCGACAAGAAUGACGGCGCAAACCGCAUCGACACAAUGCAAUGCGAGAGGAUACUGCAGGAGAUCCUGAGGUUAACCCAGGUCAAAGGCGCGAACGGCGAGAUGGAAUGCGUGAACAUGUACGACAUUCGCCUGAAAGACUCCUACCCAAGCUGUGGCAUGAACUGGCCUCCGGACCUCAAGUACGUGGAGCCAUACCUUGCUCGGCCAGACGUCCUCCAAGCGCUCAAUAUGGGCGAGAUCCAGCAACCCGCCUGGACCGAAUGCAACAGCGUUGUCGGCGGUGCCAUCCGCCUCAAGGAAUCCAAGCCAUCCUACCAGAUUCUACCAGAAAUCCUCACCGAGGUCCCAAUCGUCCUCUUCUCCGGCGAACAGGACUUGAUCUGCAACCACAUUGGUACUGAGGACCUCAUCAACAACAUGGAAUGGAACGGCGGCAAGGGCUUCGAAGUCUCCCCCGGCACGUGGGCUCCGCGUCGCUCCUGGACCUUUGAGGGCGAAACCGCGGGCUUCUACCAGGAGGCGCGCAACCUCACUUACGUCUUGUUCCACAACAGCAGCCACAUGGUCCCCUUCGACUACGCACGCCGCACACGCGACAUGCUCGACCGUUUCAUGAAGGUCGACAUUGCGAACAUCGGCGGCAAACCCACCGAUAGCCGCAUCGACGGCGAGAAAGGCCUCGAGACGAGCGUUGGCGCACACCCGAACAGCACGCUCGCGCAGGAGACUGAGAAGGAGAAGCUCAACGCAGCGAAGUGGAGCGCGUACUACAAGUCUGGCGAGGUGGCGCUGGUGGUCGUCGUGAUUAUGGCCGCGGCGUGGGGAUGGUAUAUCUGGCGCGACAGGAGGAAGCGGGCUGGGUAUACGGGGUUGUUUGGCGGGUCGAUGGAGGGGAGCUCGGAGAGGUUGAGGGGCGCGAUGGGGUUGGAAAAUUCGAGGCAUAAGAGGGCGGAUGUGGAGACGGGGAGUUUUGAGGAUGAGGAAUUGGAGGAGCUGCAUUUGAGACCGCCGGGGGAGAGGCAUGCGACGGUUGAGGAGAGCUUUGAUAUGGGGAGUGAUAGUGAGGAUGAUGAUGAGAGGGUCAAUGGGAAUGGUAUGGAUAAAGGGAAGGGGGUAGAGAAAUGAUGAAGGGCGAGUAUUCAUACGGAUGUCAGAGCCGCAUGUCCGAGCUACGAGUAUUUUUUUUAUCUGUUAUAUAUCAUGGCGGCGCGGAAUGUACCACUACUUAGCAUAGACCUUUCUUUAAUGUGAUAUGAUGAAAUCCAGCGAAGAACAUACACAGAAAAGUGGCCG